GAUGUAGUUUUAGAGCACAAGAAUUGUGGGAGCUGUAGUUUAGUUGCACUUUCCUUGCGCCACGGAAAUGGCUACAGAGAGAUAAGUGGGAUCUGCCUUCUUUUCCUUUCUCUGCUUCCUUUGUUCUCUCCUGGUGACCUCUAGCCAGGAGCAGUUUCACAACUGAUCCAAAAUGCAGGAGCCCUCUUCCAAGUUCUGUCUCUAGGGCCAAGCAGAAUAAGUCAGAUCCCCCUUCACAUAACAGCUCUUCAUGUACUUGAAGGCUUGGGAAAACUUUCCUCUUCUGAUCUAUAUUUUGAUCGCAAAAUCUAUAAUUCUUUGCUUGGCAUUUGCUGGAGCCAAAAUGUGGCAGAGGAAAAGACUGGAAGCACAAAGGCAACAAAAAUUGGAGGGCACACAGAAAAAAAUGAUGGAGAAGAAAGAUGAAUGACGUGUCUCACAAAGAUUCUGCAAACUGUCUGGUGAUUUGGAUAGACUCCAAUUCUAGGAGUUCGGUGUGUCAAGGGGCUAUAUCCCUGCCUGUAACUUUAACUUGAAGCAAUGUGUAAGUUUGCAUAUACUUUAUCAGGAAUUGGCAUCUAAUUUACAUAUUAAAAUGGUUUUCUCAA